AAGUACCGCUUCAUUCUUCGAUCGAGCGUUCAAUCUUCCACAUUCGGUGGAAAUUUGCUUUGUGCUACAGUCAGCCAUUGUAGUAGUGUACAAUUAAAUCGAAUAUUUCACCAUCUGAAUUGUGUCCUCCGCGCUAAAAAGUGAAUCAAUUGAAGCAAAAACAUCGAUCCUAACUAAAUUAGCUUUGUUUGUGAGAAUCCGUGUGAAAAGAAAAUGACUCGUGGUGGCAGAGGAUACCCACGCGGGGGCGGAUCCCGUGGUGGUGGAUCUUACCGGGGUGGCGGCGGUGGUUAUCGCAGCUCCAAUCAUGGUGGAAGUGGUGGUUACGAUGGAGGUCGAGACAACUCACGCAAUCGUUAUAGCGUUGGUGGAAAUUCCUACGGAGACUCCCGUUCGUCACGGUAUGAUAACAACCGGUACUCCCGGCAAGAUAACCGCCAGGACGGUAAUUACAAACGUAAUGAUUCGUAUAAGGAUUCUAGAGAUCGACGUUCGCCGGAUAGAAAACGCCCAAGGACGGACCAUUCAAAUCAGGGAGGACGUCGUGAUUACAACGCAACAGGUGGCAGCGGAGAUUACCGCAGAGAUAGUGCUGGUGGAAGUGGCCGCGGAGGCUCAUCCAGCCGGUACCAUGAUACUAGCAGCUCAUCGUACGAUAAACGUGGCAAUGAUCAUCACUCGUCAUCGUCGGUCGGAGGCAGUGGAACCAGUAGCCGGGAUAGAUUUGAAAACCGGAGCAGCAGUCGGGGACGUGGCGCUGGGGAUAAAUCACGUGAAUCCAUGGGACCACCACGAUCGGUGGCUCCACGAAGCUCGAAUGUGAGAGGACCACCGCUGAGGACAACGCUGGGUUCGCGUCCCUCGAUACCACUUUCGAUGCGUCGGGGACCCAUUCGUGGUAGAAUUCCUAAUCGUUUCAGGACCGAUAGUCGUCGGGGCAUCAUGAACAGCCGGUUCAACAGUCGACGGGAUAUCAGAGGGCCAGUUCCGAUGCGUCGGCGUUUUCCGCCGAUUCGUAGCCGGGAUGGCAUUGGCCGGAUUGGAAAGAGAACUAUGGACACCACGACUCGUGUCUCGAGAAAGGCACUUAUCAAGCGGGCGUUAGAAGCAGCCAAGGAAUUAGAUGAUGAGCAUACCACAGAGAAUGAAGGUGAUGACGAUGAAGUCGAUGAGGAUAAGGAUGUAACCGAAGGAGAGGGCGAUGACAUCAAGAAGGAAAUUAAGGAAGGCGAGGUGGAUGACGAUGACAAAACAGAAAAGGAGGAAGACGACGAUGAGGACGAUGCCGAUAAAACCAUUGAUAAAGCCGAUGAUGAUAAGGAAGACGAUGAAAAGGCCGAUGAAUCCAAGGAUGGAGAAGACGGAGAUGAGGGUAAGAAAGAUGCCUCUGCUACUCCCAAGAAGAGUACCAAGAAGGCCCCGGCAAAGGUUAAAAGUUCUCCAAAUGCAGACAAGACCGACGAUAAAGACGGUGAAAAGCAGAAGAAGGACACGACUAAAAUUACCACCAAGUAUCGUUCGUCGCCUUUCAUCAAAUUGAAUUGUUGUCACUGUGGAACUAAAUGCUUCACUUUCAAGGAAUACCACUCCCAUCUAUUCAGAGGACUGCAUCGUUCGGCCAUGCGUCGUUUGGCGGGAACUACACGCGACAAGUUAGCCGAGAUGCGUCAUGCCCAACGGGUGGCCCAGAAAGAAGAGGACGAAAAGGUUGAGGAUUUCAGCGAACAGAAAUCCUCGUACUGUCCAUUGUGCCAGUUGAAUUUCCGCCAGCCAAAAGCCGUUCACCAGAAGUCCGAUGGUCACAAGCAAAUGAAACGGUUCCUGAUGCCCUAUUGUACAACGUGCAAAAUUGGUUUCAAGAGUCCGAUGGCGUUCGAGGCUCAUCGUUCUUCGAUCGAGCACUUGAAGUUCAAAGCCCGCGUCGAGCGUUACGCCAGCAAGGAUGAAGACGGUGAUGAUGGUGCGGAAAUUGAUUUGGAGAAUUUCACAACGGUCGAUGAGGUUGGCAAUGUUGACGAGCCAACAGAUACGAGCAAAGAAAAUACAUCGACACCAAAAAAGAGUGGAUCAGCGGAUAAUAAAUCCACUGGACGCCCCGGCACAGAUGAUGAGGAUGAUGACGAUAGCGAUGAUGUGGAUGGAGAAACCGUUAUUGGCUCUGAACAUGUUAAGAAAGUCGAGGUACAGUUUUGCGAUUUAUGUGAUAUGUAUUUGCCACGACGAGACGAACAGGAAAAAGUCCUACGAACACAUUGCAAAACAAGAUCACAUCUCAGGCUGUACAUCCGCAAUCGUGAGGACAAGAAGUUGCGAGAGCGUGCGGAAAGGAUUCAUAAGAAAAAAAUCACGGACGCUAAAGCGCGGAAAGAUGCAAAGAAAGAGAAAGAUGCAUCUAACGCUUCUGAAGCGGAUGCAGCCGUCAAGGAAGAACCAAGUGCGGAGAAAAAAUCUGGCGAAGAAGGAGAGACCAAGGACGCAGCGGCAACUGAUGACCAGAUGUGGGAAGUGGUUGAUAAUGAUCUCGGUGAUUUACUGCGCGAAGUAGCUGGCCCUGCGGAGGAUAAUGAAGAGGAGGAAGACGAUGAAAAGACCAGCUCCGAAAGGUACGACAAGUUCAAACAUACCGAAAAGAACGGACUGGAUCAGAGCAGCAUUCACGAUACCACGGUGGAUGAAGAUGAGGAUUCAACUACCGAGAAGAAAGCCGCAGCAAACAAAAAGCCCGCGAAUGGCGAUGCCACUAGUGCAGAUAAAGAGGUUAAGGCUGAAGCUUAAUCAGAGGGACAUGUUCUAAGAUCUUUGUGUGUAACAAACAUGCGAAACAUUUUCCUUCGAUUGCAAUGAAGGUAGCGGUUGGAAUACCUUCCUGUUUUAGUCGUCUUACAUCCUUAACUAGAUUUUCCGAAUUGAAGAAUAGAAGUCAUUCAACACACACAUAUACAAUUAUGAUACGUCAGUGUAUUAGACAUAACCAAGAAAUAAUAAAAAUGCGAUUUGAAGAAAAAAUCGCAGAAUAAUA